GUGGCGCGCGUGCUGCUGGCGGCGGGGGCGGGCGCGGGGCUGCGCGACUGGACGGGCUGCACGGCGCUGCACCUGGCGGCGGCGGGCGGGCACGCGAGCGCGGCGCGAGGCCUGAUGGGCGGCCGGCGCGCCCCGCUGCGCCGCGACCACCGCGCCGCGCGCCGCUCCAUGCUGCCCGCCCCGCCCCACGCGCUCCGGGCGCUGCUCGCCACCGCCGCGCCGACGCCGAAGCACGCGCCGAACAGCCCGCUAGCCACACACAACGCCAGCUGGAAAAGAUGGCCUCCGAGCGCCGGUGAACGGACCAAGCGACCACCUCGGAGCAAUACUGCGAGACUACUUCAGCAACGAAUAAUUGCAGAAAAUGAUGAAUUACAGUUGGGACCUCAGUAGUCAUUGAGUAUAAAUUAGAGAUGCAUUUUUUAUUCAUAUAUCAGUAUAGUUUUGAGCUUGUACGUAUUUUUAAUAUCUUUUUGUAGUUAUCUAUUUGGUGAAUAUAUACACAUUUUUUACAAACAAACUGAUAUAAUUUUUUUUCGUUUUAGAAAAAAUUUAUACUAAUUACUUACUAACUAAUUAAUACCAACAUUUACAAGGAAUUGAUAUUAAUUUCCAACAUUCUUGGCAGGAAACGUCUAAACAUAAUUAAUAAUAUAUACAAAAAAUAUAUUAGGAGUAAAAACUUGAUUGAAAAAUAAGUGGUUAAAUUGAAAUAUUUUUAGUAAUUUUCCAAGUAGUGUUUCUCAAAAAGACUAAUUCAAUUAGCUAAAAAAAACAUAUUUCAGCUAACAUUACUGCUAAUACGAUAUGUUUGCUUUCCUAAUACAUGUUGGAACUACAAUUGAAGUCAAGUUCUGCAAAUCAAUUUUGAGAAAAAGCAGACACUUUCUAAUAAACUUCUGUGGGACCUUGUCUCAUGGAAAGGAGUUAAUUCAUCAAAUAAAUGACCUCUUUUCUAUAUGUUUCAUCUAAGAUUGGCCAUGUCAUUUUUAUUGAUAGCUUAAAAACACAUAUUGCAUGUCCAGAAUUCCUGGUUUCAAGAAAACCAAGCUUGCAAGUUUAUAAAGGUGCAGUUACUUUAAGCAUCAGAGAUUGCUUUCAGAGUACAAGCAAGAUCCCUCUUUAUAUGGACAUACAAUCUUGGUACACAAUGAAGACAAGAACAACAGGUACCCAAAAAUGUUAUAAACUCAAAAAUAACUAAGAGUGGACAUACAAUGUUUGUGCACUAAGCCAUUGAUAUAUCUUAUAUUGCUCACAUGUAUUUAUAAUUCAUAAGUAUGUAUAACAAGAAGACUCGUAAACUGUUGUUGUUGGUUUUGUUUUUUAUGGAAAUCUUUUAGUAUUUUCAAUGUAUUAUAAUUGUGAAACUUUAUUUUAUAAAAGUUAAAUUAUUGUGUUCUUUUUUAUUUUGUUCCUGAGCUUUAUCUAAUUAUCAAUGCAUAUCUGAAUUAUAACAUCCCUAUUUAAUUACAAUAAUUGAAGAUCCACUGUGCUGGCAAAACUGUUUACUCAACUUUUUUCUUUUUUUUUGUAUAAAUGAAUGUACUCAAUAAUUGUAUUUGGGAGAAAGCAAAAAAAGUUUUUAAUUGAAUUUAGUUAUUUAUAUUUGUGAAAUAAAUUUGUAUGCAAUAAAUUAUUAGUUCCUGCAUUUGCUUCCCGAAAGAUAAGGACACUAAUGAUGGUGUUGAUGCCGAGUUGUAGUAAACCAACAAUGUUUUUU